AUGGGCGCCUUCUACGAAACCAUCCCCACAAGCCUCCACACCUGGAUCCUCCAACAAAAAGUCUUCUGGGUAGCCACCGCACCCCUCUCCCCGGACGGCCACAUUAACAUUUCCCCAAAAGGCGGCCCCUACUUCGGGCUCCUCGACAACAAAACAUUCUGGUACAUCGACCUCACCGGCUCGGGCGUCGAAUCCAUCUCACACCUGCACGAGCCCGGCAACGGCCGCAUCACCAUCCAAUUCAACGCCUUCGAAGGCGCGCCCCAGAUCGUGCGUCUCUGGGGAAACGGCGAAGUGCUAGAGUACGGCACCCGACCGUUCGAUGAGUUUGUGGAGAAGAAUAGAGUCGAUGCGAUAGCGGGCACGAGAGCGAUUAUCCUGGUGCAUGUGCAUCAGGUGGGCAGUUCGUGUGGGUUUAGUAUGCCGUUUUAUGAUUUUAGGGCGUUUCGGCCGACGUUGAAUGAGUUUUUUGAGAAGAGGGUUGCGAGUGAGGUGAGUGGGAAUAAGAAGGAUGGGAUUGAGAGAGAUGCUGAUAUGGAUAGGUAUUGGGCGUUUAAGAAUUCGCAGAGUAUGGAUGGGUUGCCGGGGUUGAAGAGAGGGGUUGAGACGAGGAAGAGGGAGAGCGUUAAGCCGAUUAAGAAGAUGGUGGGUGCUUAUGCUCUGGAGACGGCACCGCGGCAGAAACCUGGGCCGUUGGUGCCGUUGUGGUCUCUUGUUGUUGUGGCGCUGUUGAGUUUUAGUAUGGGGACGAUUGCUGCGCUGCUGGCGGCCUUGCAAUUGGGUCUUCUCGUGAAAUGA